UGACGUAGAAAACGAAGAUGAAAAAGAGGAAGUACAGACAGAAUUUUUGGACAUGAAGGAGGUGAACUCAGUCUCAUCUGGAGGAAAAGUGUUUAAGUUCUCCGUGCCGGCGUACAAAGAAGUGUCAUUCAUGGCUUAUAAUGAGACUGAGGGUUAGGAGCCGUUUUCACCUUUGUGAUCCGUGGUGGGAGGUAACCUGCACAGUUCGCCGUGGCAAUAAGCGCAAGUUUUCUACCAUCCCCUCCAGCUAUCCCUCCUACAGUCUCCGCACCAAUCUGAGUUCAGAGGACCAGUCACUUGUGUCUCUUUUUCUUAAAGCAUGUGGCGCAAAACCCGGGUUUGUUAUGAGCUUUAUGGACUUUUUGUCCAAAAACAGACACGUGGUGGAGCUUAUCAAUGUGCUGGAUGCGCUGCAGGAUUUUGAAGAUUCAGCACCAAAGCAUAAAGCUGUGGCUAAAGAGCUCAAGUCAAAUGUCAUUAACUCAGUUGCUUGGACACGUGUGAGAGUUGCCAGAAAGUACCCUCAAAUCAUGAAAUACUUGCCAACAUUGUUACCAGGCCAGUUUAUGGACAUAAUAAGCAAUGGAAAGAUGAAAAACUCACAGGAUACCACUGAAGAAACUCCAGAGCAGCAGAGUAACACACACGUAUUGGAGAAUCUGGAGCAGUUAAUUAAGACUGAUGUUUGGAAGUUGGGCUUCAACUAUAUCAUGUUUAGAGAAUUCCGUAUGAUCAGAUGUGAAGCAAAGCUUGAGGCUUUUGAGGCUUGUAAUUUGCUCAGCCGAAUGACUGAGGAGCAGCGUAACGGCUUACAAUUGUAUGCGAGGCUGAAAGACUACUGCAGAGAUACUGGCAGCACAUACAUUGAACAGAAGAUGCUGCUGGAGAAAAUGCAACAGUGGAAAAUUUAAGAUGCAGGGUUCUUGUUCCUUCACAAGCAUGGCGUGCUGAUACAGGAGAACAACAAGGUGGCACUUCACAACUUCUUCAGCUACGAGAAAGGCAUUGUUGCAUGCUUGAGGGCCCUGAUUGAGGGAGAACCCUGGAUGAUCCACUUGGAUGUGAAGGAGGUUCUUCAAAGAGCUGCAGUGGAGAGAUUAAAGGAGAUGGCCUGUGAUGACUUAAAUGACUCUGCUAUAGAGUUAGACAAGGAUCAUGUGCGAGCAGCAGAAAUUAUAUGUGCCAACCCGGUGACGGUGAUCAGUGGGAAGGGUGGCUGUGGGAAGACCACAUUGGUCGGUCUGGUGUUUAAGGAGGCCAUGGAGAAACAGACCAGCAAGAGUGACAGUGAUGAAAAGCCUCCUAUUGAAGUUCUCCUCACUGCUCCUACAGGGAGAGCUGCUUCAAUUCUUACUAAAAGAACCGGCUGCACUGCUUAUACUUUGCACCAGGUUUUAUGGAGCUUCAUGAACAGAAAAAAAGAAGAAAAUGGAAAUCUUCAAGAAUGGAAGUUCUCGAAGGUGCGGGUGCUGGUGGUCGAUGAGGGGAGCUUGGUGUCUGUUCAGUUCCUUCACUCUAUUCUCAGCAUGCUUACCAAACACGCAGAACUCCAGAAGUUCAUCUUUUUGGGAGAUGUGAGACAGUUGCCCAGCAUUGAGCCUGGAAACACACUGCACGAUCUGUUUGAAGGUCUCAGGAAUGUCCGGUGGGCUAUUGAGAUGUGGACCAACCAUCGUGCCGAGUCUGAGCUCAUCGUCAGAAACGCUGGACUCAUCUCGGAGAUGGGUAAGAAAAGACAUUACAGUCCUCUGGAGUUUGAUGCCACCAUAAACAUGACAAGACCCUCCACAGUGCCAUCUGACAAAAGGUUCAUUUUUGUCAAAAUCAGUGAGAAUCAUGAUGCUCUCCAGGAAGCCAUUAAAUUCUUACUCAAGGAAACUCCUGGUCUCAAAGAUCAUAAAUCAUCAUCACAUGUUGCUUACAGGAGGGACUGUCAGUUGAUCAAUGAGGUUUGCUGCAAGCAUUAUUCAGGUCAUGUUACAAAGACUCAUGAAAAUAAAAUAUACUUUCAAGUGGGGGAUAAAGUUUGCUGCACAAAGAAUGGCUUUAUCUCAGAAACAGAUAAUGAGAACAUGCAAGAAGAGCCUGCACAUGAUGUUGCUGGAACUUCCCAAGAUAUUCCAAGUACCCAAAGAAAAAAUGAACAGAAGGAAAUGAAAAAAGAAAGAAUGUGCAAUGGGGAAAUUUUCUUCAUUAAAGCGGAUGUAACUGAGGAGAAUAUGGGAGCAAGAUGCAAAACAAGACACUACUUGACCCUAGAUGAUGAAAACAGCCAUGUGGUGACUUCUAACUACAAUGAACUACAGAAAGAGUGUAAACUGCGCCAUGCUUGGGCAAGAACCAUUCACACCUUUCAGGGCUCGGAGGCUGAAACAAUUGUGUACGUUCUUGGAAAUACCUUUGUUCAAAACUGGCAGCACGUAUACACUGCAGUGACGCGCGGUCAGAAGCGUGUGUAUGUGGUGGGUAGAGAGCAUGAUCUAGCAGGAGCCAUUGAGAAAAGGAUCACCCCUCGUAACACGCGAUUGCGUGGCCGUGUCAAGGAGAUUGUUGCCCAACAAGAUUUUGAAGACUCUUUCACUCAGUCUGAUUGAGCGAACUAAUAAAGCAAACCGCUUCAGAAGAGCCUCCAUUGGAAAGCACAAGCUGAAGCUCCAAAUCUCACAGCAAGGAGCUUCCCUGACAAUUCCUUAUUCAAGAUCUAAUUUAAACCAGUGCAAAUACAAAGUCUCAGGAUGUUGACUUUAAAACAAAUAUGCUGUAAAUUGAAAGAAACUAUUUAAUACUCUGCACUAUUUCUAUUUCAGUAAUCAUAUAAUCAAUUUUCUUUUUAUUAUUGUUAACUUUCUGAAAUUAGGUAGUCUUAAGAAUGCGUUUGUAUAACUGAUUAUGCUAUUGACAUUAUGAUUGGCACUGUCUCCCCCAGGUAUUUGAAUAUUCCUGCAUGUGAUAAUUAUAUGCUUAUAAUGUUCCAAAUAUUAAUCAUGUGAGUUUUUUGUGUUAAGUUUGAAUUAUGCUUUUUAUUACAAUAUAAUAUAUUUGUUCUCACC